AUGAAUUCAGGUCCCAAUUUCCGCGAGUGUUCCAUCUCGCACGCUGAUAGUGCAAAUGGGGACUCACGAGCGAACGAAAAUGACUACAGAUGCCACAGCUACGGCGUCAGCAGCGAGAAGAGGAGCGACUAUGUAGACAGCCCAAACGAUCCCUCGGCUAUGAUGUACAUCCCACAUGUAAACUUGAUGGGGAAAGGAGCAUACCCUGCGGGCAACCCCAAGAUAAACAUAAUCUGUACAGCUCACCGAAGCUGCAGUGAAGUAAGCAUCGCUGAGGAGAGCGCGAACGCGUCAGAAAGGCUGUCCAGAAAGGCGACCGAAAAGACAUCCGAAAUGGCUAGCGCCGUCACACGCAGCAGCAAUCCGAACAUGGCGAUAAAAAAUUCCCUCACGAACAAGCUGCAGAAAAACUUAGACAUGAGUUCUAUAUACAAUAAGUACGACCAGAAUGGAUUGCUCUAUUGCAAAGCUAUUAAGUUUCUGAUGAAAAGCGAAACGAAACAUAAUUACGUAAAGCCAUUGACAGUGAAAAUAAACAAUCUUAAAAGCAUCGGAGGGAAGCCGUACAUGCGGCUAGAGCUGUCCGAUGAUUCGAAUGAGUUGUUUUUUUACUACCUAGAUUUGUAUGAAGAGAAUUACGAAAGCAUAAAAAGGGAACAGAAGCUGGUUAUUAACUUUGAUUUGUUUCCAUUUAAAUUUAUGGACCUUCUGGAAGAGUGUGUGCUCGAAAAUGAGCAAUGCGAAAAAGUGGAGGACCAGAGAUUGCGUGCUGUUCUCAUGCUGGACAGCAGUGGUAGAAUGCUGGAACGGGAUGCACACAAUUAUGGCAGCAGUGGGAAUGACAAUGCGGGAGGGAAGAUGGGCGGGUCCCCCCAUUCCUACUACAGUAAUCAUUCAAACACGGGAUACAACAGUGGGGGAAGUAAUAAUCCAAGUUAUGGCAGACCAUAUGGCUGCAGUGGCAACAAUGGUAAGGAGGAGAAAAAUGCAGAAUGUGCACUUCUCAAUCUGGUCGAAAUCAACCAGUUUAAAGAGCUCACUCAUUUGUCCCUCCAACUUAAGCGAGCUGACCAUGAAAAUGUUAUUAGCUACCUCUGCAACAAUAUAAAAUAUAUCAAGGCGUACAAUGGGGAAAUCAUCGGCAAGCUGAACGAAGAAAUUGUACAGAACGGUCAGAACAUGGUGGAAAUUAAAGGUCUGCAAAAAACGAUUGAAAUGUUGGAAAAAAAUAUAGAAAAUCUCAAGUGCGACUUUAACAACACACUGAACAACGACAUAAAUAGGCUCAGAAAAGAACACGAAAGGAUUAUCGAAAAGAAGGAGGAAAAAUUCAACUGCGAAAAUGAAGAACUCAAGAAAGAUCUUGAAAGUUUGAAAAAUAAAUUUACACAAUUAAAUGAAAUGAACCAAAAUUAUGAACAAAAAAUUUUUUACCUGAACGGCAAGGUAAAAAAUUUGAAAAAUGAGUUGGAAGAAAAAAACACAAAUUUUGUAAAACUCGUAAAAGAGAAGGAAGACAUCGAGUGUGCUAAAUGUGAACUGGAGAAAUAUAAAAGCGAAUUUACGGUUGAGUUUAAUAAUCUCAAGAGCAAGUACGAAAGGGAAUGCGAAAGUAAUAUCUCCAAUAGCUCCAGCUUUGAAAGCAUCAAGAUCAGCAACUCCAAUCUGGAGACAGAGCUGAAGAAAUACAAAGACAGGAAUGGCAAACUCGAGAAAGAAAUCAACAUCGCCAUUGACGAGAUUAACAAGGGGAAUGACAUCAUCACGAAACUGCAGACGCAGCUACGGAAGAUGAAGGACAAACUGAAAUGCAAGACGAUUGAGCACAUCAACGUGGAGAAAGUCAGCUCACAAAAUGUCAGCGAAAUUGGCAAGCUUCAGGGCGAGGUCAAAGCCUUGCAGGAGAAGCUCGCCCAGCGCGAGUCCUCGGAGGAGGCGCUCCGCAGGGAGGUCGACGCCCUGCAGCGCCGCAACGAUGAGAUGGCCAAGGAGUUGAACAUAUCUCGGGAAGUCAACCUCCGCCUGAACAAAGAAAUAACCAACAACAACCUGGACAUGUACGCCGCCAAGCUGAACAUGGGCGGGCCCCCCAACGUUGUACCAGGCGCCAACUUCCGCGUCGACACGAACCUGCUGGACAAGGACUUGUUCACGAAAUUGAAGGCGAACUUGAAGAGCUCCACGACGCCCGGCCCGAGCCCCGCGUACGCCAUGGAUGGGUAG